AUGAAAGAACACGCACAAGAGAAUCCAGUAUUGUAUGAUCAAGAUCAUCUAUUUCACAUAUUAUCACAAUCACCUAUACCCGAACUAAGAGAUAGAGCGAAUAUUGUCAAGAAAUAUGGUGUAUGCCCAGUUUGUGAAGCUCUCGGCGAAAAUACUGAACACAAGCCGGCUUAUGAUUGCCCUGAUUGUGGCUAUCCUACACACUGUAGCGAAAAACAUUACUAUAUGGGCUUAGCAGAGCAUAAGGAACAUCAUUGUGAUAUUCUACGACAAAUAAACGAGGAUGAUCAUGAUUUACGGUCCGGUCGACCCAUGCGCGAAUUUGAAUUUCCUUCAACACAAGGGUUUGAUGAGACAGUAAAUAUGGCCAACUGGGAUAUGUUUUUCUACACUCGCAGUUUCCCCUCCAUGGACAGUGAUAGAUCAAUGAGACACGUCUCAAAACUGUUGACAUACCCUAUGUCAAUUGGACAGUUAUUGCAUGAAUCAUGUCCUUAUAAAUAUGGCGAGCAAAUUACAAAGGAAGGCAUGAGGUCCAUCGCAGCUUUACGAACAAUUUUGUAUCCUGGUGAUCGAUUGACAAAUGGUGCUUCACCAGCCUUCAAUACAGAGACAAUAAACAUCUAUAUACUUGGUGCUCGUGCAGAAGCUACGUUACCCUCUCACAUAUGGCUUCAAUUAUCAUACUUAUUUCCCGCUACCCCUUUCCAUUUGCACUUUGUUGGGCCUGAUGCUUUGGCACCCAAGCAAAAACCUCACACUGAAUCUGUGCACGAGCGUCUUAUAUUUACUUACAACAAUGCAAUGUAUCAUGAUUAUCAUGAGACGAUUGAAAAGUUUGAUCCUUUUACAGACUUGUUCUUUUUAUUCUCCCCCGGUAUUGGCUAUCCUGAUGCUCGUCCAAGUUGGAAACCUUCUAUUGCUAAAGCUCUCGAAACAAAAUGCCCGAUAUUCAUUACAGGAUUCAGUGAAGCAGACAUAAUGAACGAUAUAAAGGCUGUUGAGCAAGAUCACGCGAAUGAGUUUGACUGGUUAUUGAAGCCUACAGUAAACGAAUUUCGUAGUUUGAAGAGAGACGUGAACUUGAUGGAUUUAAGACAGACGGCUUUUGCAAAUCAUUCCAUUUGGGGUAUCCGUGGUAAACGUUAUGAUGUGGUGCAUGACCCCGCUCACAGUGAUUGA